AUGAUCUGGGCCAAAUCGAUUUCUGUGGGUGUCGAAACCAUUCCGCACUUUGACGUUGCACUCUCCCCUUGGUCCCUGCUGUGGCUCAAUUACUGCGCGGCCUUACAGUUCAGUCGUCUGCAAGGCUCGGAGUCAGGCACUAUCUCCGUGGCUUUGGGAUACAACAUGGGGCUGGUGGUCAAUGCGGUUCUGAUCAAGAUGAACAACGUGUCCGAUCGCGAGACGAUGAUGCUGGUGGUUCGCGUCUUCGCUGGCUUCUUCUUUUGCGACCAUAGGAAGGCGGUCUCCUUCCAGAUCAUCUUCGUUCUGCUGAAGGUGGAAUGGCAGCCCCACAACGCUGCGGUUAAUUCGGUGGGCUACAGCGAGAUGUGGGACGUGAUGAUUUGGCACACCUUUCAGCAGCUGGUCAUUGUCGGCGCGAUGUGGACGAUCUGGUUUACAAUCGAGUAUUUCGUGCGGACGCUCGCGGAGCUCAUGGUGCAAAAGAGCGACACCGAAGCGUCUUUGCAGGCCGCCCGAGCUGUGCUGGCCAGCCAGUGCGAUGCCGAAGCCUUCCUCCGAGAG